CUGUGUGUCAGAUAUUAGUCUGAGUGAAGGAUAUACUAAAUGACUAAUGACUGAAUUGCUACACGGUCUGUUUUGGCUUGUUUUUAGUGUUUGUUCUGCGCUGUCAAAGGUAACUUCUGGCCAUCCUUGUGAUUACUGUAUUUCUUCAGUAAAACACACUAGCUGGCAAAAUUAUAAGAAAUCCCGCACUCAAGCGGGCAAUUUUGAACGCUUGUUUGUUUAAAAUAAAUGAUCGACCAUGACCGUUCAAAUCGUUAAGACAGACAGACUCAGGACUAGCUGUGUAGCUAACGGUGUGACAGCAAGAUAAGCUAGCUGUUGGACACAAUAAGAGGUUGUCCCACUUGCUAGCUCCCUAGCUAGCACAUAAUCCAAAGCGGAGAUCGUUUUAAAUUCAAGGACAGGGUUGUGUUAGUGCAGUGUGUGGCAUUUUGAUUAGAAAUAUCAGAUUGUCGCGAUUAUGUAGUUAUGCUAUUUUAUUGGUCGCAUUGUAUGUUACUGGAGUGACCCAAACCUGACGGCUCUCCCCGUUCAGUGAGUUGGUUUCGUCCGUAUGAUGGGCGGGGCCGUGUGGUGCAGCUCAGCCUGAAUCAGCUGCCUAGGAUUUCUGGUAUUCACCAGCUGCAGCGUUUUCUGCGCGUUACUGAAGUAGUACAACGCAAAAAUAUUGGUUCAGUCUAGCUUAUGGAAACGGACCUCCACAGAAAUGUGCGCGAACGUCUUCGGAAUGUUGAAAAGCCUGUUUGGGAAGCCCUUUGAUGGUGGGAAGAGGACAAUGGACCAUGGCAGCCAACAGCAACAGCAACCACAGACCCAGUACAUGGCUGGGCCGUUCCAGGCAUACAUGGGCCCUCAGGGUCCAUACCCUGGGCCCCACCCCACCCUGGUGCGCCUGGAUGAGCUGCAAAGGGAAGUGGUGGCAUUAGGACAGCAAGUGUUUUCCUUCAGCGGCCUGCAGAGUGACAGAGAGUACAAACGACUCGAGCGGGAGCUGGCACGACUCCAGCUGGAGGUGGAUCAGGUGGAGACGGAGGGACGGAUGGAGCUGCAGCAGGCUCGGAAGAGGGCAGCCGGGGAGGUGGAGGGGUUGUUGCGCUACCUGGAGGGUAAUGCUACUCACCCAUCUCGAAUAGCUAUAGAGGAGCUGAGCCAGGAGACACAGAGGCUCCUUCUAGCAGGGGUGGUGGCUCCAUUUCGGCAAGGACAGGCUCAGGAUGCAGCUGAGACUGGUGAGGACCUUGUGGAGGCUGUGCAGGAUGUGGCAAUGCGCCUGGCCCAGAUCAAGACAGGAGGAAGUGUGCCGCUCAGGAAGGCCCGUUAUCGCGCUCUUACCCGCGUCUGUGCUGUACAGGAUGUGCUGGAGGGCCGCGUUCGCACGCACACACUUGCACUGCCUCUGUCUGAGGAGACCCAUGAGGCCGUGCAGCGCAUCAAUCAUGUGAUGGUGCAGGUGAGUGGUGCCCGCUGCCAGCUGGUUGCACUGCUGAUGGGGUUGAGUGGCCGGGAUAGCUGUGCCCACCUAGCACGUGUCCUCACUGAGCUGUUAGUGGAGCUGGAUGCACUGGACGUGUCCAGUAACACAGCCGUCAGGAACUACAGGAAGCAGGUGGUGGAAGAGAUCAACGGUCUCCUUAAACACCUCGACCUGGAGGGGGAGGGAGAUGACACUUGCAGGUAUGACUUGACGCAAAAUGACUCCAUCCGUGAAAUUGAGGCCAUCCGAGGACGUGUGUCUGUGCUGCGGGGAGAGGUAAUGAGACAGGGUAUAGCAGGCCAGGGGUUGGAGCUUCAGAGUCUUCUAACUCAUCUGGACCAAGUGGACACCGGACGGAACCCGUGCAUUCGAGAGGCACGGCGAAGGGCUGUGCUGGAGAUCCAGGCAGUCAUCACCUAUCUUGACCUCCGAGAAGCCCUCGGCCGCCGUAACCCAGGACCAGAUGAAUCCCCACCUCACACGGCUGUGUGGCGUGUCCUUGCCAGCCUCUCUGAGCUGCAUUUCCAAGUGCUCGGCUUUGAUGGAAAGAGAGCUGACAAGAGCUACAUGGUGCUUGAGGAGUUGCUGACCAAGCAGCUUCUGGCUCUGGAUGCCGUGGACCCUCAGGGGGACCAGGAAACAAAAACAGCACGUAAACAAGCGGUAAAAUAUGCCCAGAACAUCCUCAGCUACCUGGACAUGAAGACAGAUGAGUGGGAAUACUGAGAAAGAAAAUAGAAUAAAAGCAGAAUACUGGAAAGAUUCACUUGCACAAAGUGCUUUGAAAAUGUUUUGUGCCUAGUUAAUGGCAUGGUGGCGGAGGACUUGCACAAGUCGAAUUUGUAUAUAAAAGACUUUGUCCUAGAUGGUCAAUUUUUUUCCCCCUACAUGCACUACAAUUGCUCCUUUUCAAUUUGUCUGGUUAUUAUCCUAGUCAAUGGGCAGUGGGCCAGUUGUUACUGAAAACAGCAGUUUUGUUCACUAAACUGUCCGCAAGCAAACCUAUGCAGCAUUUGAGUGUUCUUGUUAAGAUUCUGGCUCCAUGAUCUGCUUUUUUGUUUACUUUGUGCUCAGUGUGGUAUGGAGCUAAAACCCUGUUUUCCCAGUCGACCAAUUGUCUAUAAGGAGCAUGUUAGGAGGAAGUUCAUCUGCGGUCUUUACUUAGUGUAGUUGCAACAUAGGACUGUAUUCCUGCCUACACCAUAACUUUUCUCAUCAGUAUGGAAAUGAUUAACCACAUGGCAGACACAAACAUUUAACAAAAAAUAAGGGAUGGCCCAUGUUUGAGCUCUGUAGAUUGGCUGGCCUGAAUAAGUAGCAUAGAAAGAUCUGUCCCAGGAUUGGGAAUUUUCACACAAAUAUUUAAAAUAAUAAUAAUAAUAAUAAUAAUAAUUUUCUUGGAUUACAAACGACUUAGUUUUGUUAAGCCUUUGUUGGCAAAAUGCAUACAUUACAUAUAAAGAUCAGCCUUUGUGAAGUGUUCUGUUUCAAGUGGGGUAUGGUAGAGAGAAACAGUGCCUGAAGAUGAUCAAAAAGAGAUUAUCUUGAGAAAAUCAAAUCGUUACAAGUCGUAUACCAACUAAUGAUGUUGCAGUGUGACUGAAUAGAAACGGGAAAAACAUUUUUAGCUAUUGUGUGUAAAGGCUUUUUAGCUUUGUGUGUGUGUGUGUAUGUUUGGUGUGGGUGGGGGGUGGAGGGGUGGGGGGGCAGACAUGAUGCUGAUCAAAGUAGACAGGGAAUUCUAGAACAUUCCACACAGAUGAAGUAGAGUGUCACAAGCUAUCAAAAUAGCACCUAAAAAUCGUUCAGCCCUUUUCUCUUUCUCAAAUGGUCAGGGUUUCCAUGGUUACAAACAUCAGGGCUUUGUCCCCUCCUUCUGUUGAGUUCAUAAGAGCAUUUCCCUGUGAAUAUGCAGUGAGUCAUGCUGCAUGAUCAGAUUAAUCAGCUUUGACUAACCUGACUCUCCUCAACCCAAUCAUCCAACAUUCCAUCAUUAGUUUUUUUUCCCCCUCACUUUCUUUUUUUCUGUCUUCCACCUAAACAUUCUCCACUCCUUCAGCUGAGUCUGUCUAAGCUCUACAUAUGCUUGUUCUGGGAUUGUUGAUCAUGAAAACCUUUGCACUCAAACCUUUGGAAGUACUUGGCUGUCUUAAGAUUUUUGUUUUCUGCAUCUGCUGGUCAUGAGAGAAGACCAAUAUCAGAAAGUAUAAGCAAAUGGGGUCAUUUAGAGUACACCCGAAAUAACUAAAUUCAACAGAGGAUGUGAUGCAAUAAGAUGCUAGUGCAAAGGACAGAAAACUGGGACAGGGAAAUGAAGCUGUGAAAUAUGCAGGAGGUAAAGAAAAAGCCAGAUGUGGUAACUGCCCAGGGGUUUGUUGUGGUCUCGUAGUCUGCUUGUGUCAUUGUCACAUUCUGUCUUCAUUGGGUGUUGUCUGAGUUUGUGGCGGCCAUUGUGUCAGUCAAGCUGAAAAAGUCGUAUCCCAGACAAAGCCAAAUACUGAACUAAAUGCAGACUGAAAAUCCAAUCAAAAUGCUUCAUAUUUGUGCACUUAACUUCUGUCUGGACAGCUAUGACAAAGCACAUAAACGUGCUCAAAUUUGCACAUUAUAUGCAGUUUAGUGGUUCUCCCAGACCCACACAGUGGUCACAUAUAAAUGUGCUAUCAUUCUCCAGUGCCAGCAGAAAGUGUAAAAGUGGUUUGAGUGCAACACGUAUAACAGUUGCAUUGUUUUUCCAACACGCCACAUUUCAAUUAACCCGGUGCUUCGUUUACAAAUUUAGACAUGGCUUGAGGCCAUUUCUGGUUUUUUGGAGAAUUCAAAAUGAGUUGUCUUUUUUUCUUCUGAACAGAUCCAUGUAUUCUCCCUUUUUCUGUGAAAGUCAUGCAAUCAUCUCAGUGAAGGUGUCUCCAUGGUGACAAUACAAUGUGUGGAUUUGCCUCAAACUAAAACAAUUACAACAUACACCUCUGUGAGAGGUAAUGUUAGUUGAUAUUUUCAGUGCUGUAGGAUAGGAAUUCAUGUUUCAGGCCUAGUUAGAGUAGCAGCACUCUGUAAAGUGAGAAUAAUUGGAUUUUAAAAGUCAUUUACUCUUAAAUACUCAUCAAUUUCAAUUCAGCGGUUUAAUUUCAGAAGCACUUUCCAUAUGAAUUUCUGUAGCAUCUUGGGAACAAAGCAACUCUGGAAUCUCUAAUUUAGUACUAGAGAUUGAUAUCUGAUCUGGUGCUAAAACACUCACAAACACUUGUAAACACUUGUAUCCUGUACUACAGAGUAUUACUUGUUAGCUUUUUUUGUUUGUUUGUUUGUUUGUUUGUUUUUUUAUAACAGUGUGAUGUAGGCUGGUACACAGUGUCCGCUGUUUACUUUUGUCUAGCAGACCCAGAUGUUUAAAUGUCACUGGUGGAUGGAUGCAGGUAAAUCAAUAGAAGUUCCAGCUUAUUGAGAGAUACUAUAAAUGACCCCUUACAUCUUGAGGUAUGUAAUUAGCUAUAAAGCACUUUCAGUUCAGUGGAUUUUAGUUUCAUCCCAUGCUCUUUCCUCUCUAGUGCCAAAAUAUAAAGUGUUUAUGCUUGUAGCAUAUCACAUAAACCACAAAGAACAUCAGCUGCAUAGAUGUAGAAUGUAACGAGGAAUGUCCUAUUUCUGUGGCAUACCAAAGGUUCCCUGGUCUUAACCUUGCAUAACGAUCAAGGGAAAUUUGGUAUUAAAUAAAAGAGAAGGGAAAUUGUAGUUUUAUUUUACUUAUCAGACCACUUGAAGGAGAAUGUGUUUAUGUGGUCAGGUUUAUAGAAUACUUUUCUCAAUGUUACAUACCAUUUGAGAUGUUGAUUGUGCGAGGCUUGCUUUGUGUGCUGUCUGGAGUACGCUUGUACAGAAAAAGCACACAAUUUUGAACAGCUGUAUGAAUGUGUUGAUUAAUUGGAGUAUUUACAUUUUAUUUAUCUCGUUAAGGAAGGCGAUAAAUAAAAGGUGAAUAAAAAUCCUGUGCAUGGCAAGAUGUUCAUUUGUGCCUGAACUGGAUCAGCUUGUUUCUAUGGCAACAUUUCCCAUUGGAAAGCAAAUGGCAGGUAAAGUAUUCAAAAAAUGCAGUUGGAUCAAAUGCUAUUAGGAACACCUAAGACCUCCCUUGUUCUUCAUUUUACAGAAUCAAGACUAAUCACAUGGUGUUGAGAUUCAUCCAGUAAAGUACACUUAUUUCACCUGCUUAUCUGCUGUGCACUGGCAAUCCAAAAUACCUUCCAGAUAAAAGUUCAGCUAUCCACAUACCUGUCAGUGUGGUGCUGUGCAGCCUGUGAUGUUUAUAUCAAAAGACAAGAUCAGAGUCACUGAAGUCAGUAUUGAGAUUAACAGCACUAGGUUUUUGUACAUGUGCUUCUGCUUGUUAAGAGUGUGACAAAUGUGCAAUAGGUAACAUACUUACCUAGAAAUGCAUGUAGAACGUGCAGGGAAAAAGUUGAUGCAAUAUUAGCAACAGCCUACCAUACUUCUGUAUUUACAUGUACCUCCUGUCACAUGUUAUAAGCACCCUCAAAACCGCUUCAGUUCAACCCUGUUUUCUUCAGAAAGGUAAAUAUAGAAGAUAGUGCCAACAAUCUUUUGCUAAA